CCAAGAGCCCUAAUAUCGCCCAAGAACCCCCAGGAACCCUAAAUUUCUGGAACCAAGAACCCUAAUUUCUGGGCAUCUCUAUGGUGAUCUUGGGGCGCUUGCGCCAGGUGAUCCCAUGGGCGGUGCCGUGGCGCGGCAUCUCCACGAAUCGCGUGCUGGGCGUGUCCGGCACGAAGAAGGGUAAGAUCGUGGAGGCGGCCAAGAAGAGCGGCUACAAGAAGGGCGGGGCGGGGGUCGGCAAGAAGCUGGGCAAGAAGGGCGUGGAGAGCAAGAAUGUCAAGGACGCUGGGGUCGGCGCAACGAUUCGCGUCCAGGUGCAAUCCAAGCGCAAGACGAUCGAGCCCAAGAUCAAGAUCAGCGACGGCGAGCGGCAGACGAUGCUGGCGGAGCUCAACCGGCUGGCCAAGGAGACCAGCCGGAUCUUGAUGAACGAGCACAGGGAGAAGCAGUGGUCAGAGGGGCGGAUGCUGGCGGCGAAGGUGGCGGCGAUCGGGGCGCUGCCGGAUCACCUCCGCGCCGGGAUCAAGACGCCGGUGAUGGGGAUGAGGAAGACGGCGCUCAAGGCAGUGCCACCCACGAUUCUACCCCCGAUUGGCGGCUAUGCGGUGGACACGGCCGCGUCGCUCAAGGCCGCGGUGGUGAAGAAGAGGAGGUGAGCGAUGAGAGAACUUUCUCUUUUAGGGUUCUUCGCUAGAGACAGGCAGAUCAAGAGCUUCCCAGGACCCACGAGAGAAUUCUCUAGAAACGAAGAGAGUAGAUCCUUGGACCCACGAGGGUGAGUGGUGCGUAGAUCUCUAUCCCCUCGAAUUCUCCGAGAAGAGGAUAAUCCAAAUCAUUUGCGAAUUGGAUCGAUCAA